AUGGAUGGCUUAAUCCCAUUUCUCUUCCAUGCCAUGAAGAAACGAAGGACUCAACAUUCUUACCGAUCUCUCUCCGAGAACUCCACCCGCAGCUAUCACCUACUUCGUGGUGGAGAGUCGGUCGAGGGAUCGUCUCACCGGAGAACACGAUCAGAAUUUCUGCCACCGAGCGUUGAUUUCCUCGAGCAGCGAUCAUCGGGCUUGGAAUACUUUUCCCACACGAAAAGUUUCAGCAAAGUUUGCAAGUCCUCUCCUAAUGUUGUUAAUGGCUUGAGGCAAAUGGGUCCUAUUUCUACCACCAAUCUUAAGAAGUAA